AGUGCACUUGACGAGCGCUCUUUGCGAUGACCUCAUCCCUGGUGUGGGAUGACGUCAAAUUCAAGAUGGAUGGAAUCACGACGAACACGCAGAAAUCUUGCACAACAGUGAAAAAAGUCUAAUCUGCGUGGAGGCAGGACACUGUUCACGAGCGCGCGGCCAUGGAGAGCCUUGUUCAUUAUAGUAAUCCCUGCCACGCCCUCUCAAUGCUGGGAGUUCUCAAUGAACAGCGUCUGCAGGGCCAAAUGUGUGACGUGGUACUGGUCGUAGCAGACCAAAGGUACCAGGCCCAUAAGAGUGUUCUCGCUGGCAGCAGUGAGUAUUUCCAGUCUCUUUUCACAAGGAUGGACGCGGACUCUCUGAAAGUUGUAAACCUGGACUUCUGUGAGCCUGACGCCUUUGAAAUAGUUCUUAACUACAUUUACUCCUCUUCACUGUUUGUGGACAAGGGCAGCCUGGCAGCCAUUCAAGAGCUCGGCUACAGUCUCGGUAUCCCUUUUCUCACAAACAUUACGUCCAUAAGGCCACAUGCAUCCUACUGCGUGUCUCGGAAAAGGCUCUCGUUCUCAGAGGGAGAGGAGAACGAUGUCCAUACGAGGAGCGUCAUUGUGUGUCGAGUCCAAAACGACACGACCCAUCCCUCUCAUUUAAAUCAUCAGGGAAAAUCAUCAGAGAAGUCGUUGUCUCUCCACUCUUCUGACGAACCAACGCAGCCUGGAUCUGAACGCAAUUCACACCAACCAACCAGAAGCUUUGACUCUGCCAGGAAAUCCUCCGAUCAGAGUAACCAGUCUGAGAGGAGGUCCAGCUGUCCAUCCGCUGCCAUCUUGAAAGGGAACUCUGCCCAUAUUUCACCUGUGAGGCCUCCACUGACAUCAUCUGUGUCUUUCAGUGGUGCUGAAGUGUCGCACAUCAGGAUGGAGUCUGGCAUGGAGCAGGAGGCAAAAGAGGAGAAACCGGAGCCCCGUUAUCAGGAUAAAGGUCCUUGUCUCAGCCAAGCCAACGAGCUGAGCCACUCGAUAGACCGGAGUGGGCCAUUGAUAAAAAGCCUUCUCCGGCGAUCACUGUCCAUGGACAGCCCUGUUCCCGUCUUCUCGCCCACGUUGGAGCUCAAGGAGAUACAAAACCGAGAACAAUCCGUGGUAAAGAUGGCGUCAAAAUCAACUGGAUUGGAGACAUAUUCACACAACGGCAACUCAACUAGAGUAUCCCCUCUGGUUCUCAGGUCAAAGCACCCCAGCAGGUAUGACAAAGAAACCCAAGUAGAAGAAGAUAUUGGUGUGAAAGCCGAGCCCAGCAGUCCUCUGCCUGACCCUAUGGACAUUGUUCGGAUCACAGUUGGAGAUUCUUUGCCAGUCAGUCUCAGAGACAUACAAACAAGUUAUGAUCAGAGCGUCAGAGCUGACUUCCCUCCUUUAAAACGAAGAGACCGGCCGGACAACAGAAGGUACCCUUUCAAGAAAGGCAAACUCUUCAAAGAUCAUGCUCUUGAAGUAAACAUGCCAAGGACGGCACCUCAGCACGCCAGCGCCGACUCCAGCGAGGGCGGCACAGAACCACUUCAGAACAAAAUUUUCAAAUGCUGGAAUUGUUUGAAGGUGUUCCGGUCGAGUGCUGGACUGCAUCGCCAUGUAAACAUGUACCACAAUCCGGAAAAGCCUUACGCUUGUGACAUCUGCCACAAACGUUUCCAUACCAACUUCAAAGUGUGGACUCACUGCCAGACCCAGCACGGCGUAGUACAAAACCCAGCUUCCUCCUCCAGCUCCACCGUUUUGGACGAGAAGUUUCAGAAGAAGUUGAUAGAUAUAGUGCGAGAAAGAGAAAUUAAAAAGGCUUUGCUGUGGAAGCUGAAGAGGAACAAACAAGGUUUGCAGUCUCCUUCAUUUACAAAGAAGAGAUCUAGGUCCAGCUUUAUAUGUCCCUACUGUGGGAAAGCUUUCGCCUUCCAGUCUCAGUACAGGCAGCAUUUACGAACGCAUCCUGCUGAGAAGGCUGACCAGGACUCCGGGAGCCAGAGGAUCUUCUACCAGGAAGAGAUCAAUCAACAAAACCCUCCAGAAACCGGUGAUUACUCCUGCAGGCUGUGCAACAUGAAGCUGCUGUCCCUGGUAGAGCAGGGGGACCACGAGAGGGGCUGCCGACACGCAACCGUGUGCCCCUACUGUGGACUCCGGUUUUCAAAUCCAAUCGUCAAGAAGGAUCACGAGACACAUUGUAAGUACAAGAAGCUGACAUGCCUGGAGUGCAUGCGAACCUUCAAAUCUUCCUUUAGCAUUUGGCGCCACCAGGUGGAAGUCCACAAUCACAACAUGAUGACUGUUAGAGACCAGAUUCAGUUGAAGCAACAAGAAGAAAGUGAAGAGGCUCCUGAAAUGCUCAAAGAGGAAAAAUACUGCACUGAGCCUGCAGUAACUGGAACGUUUCCAGAGAACAUCACGUAUGACUCCUCAGGUCCACCUAUGUAUGACUCGGAAGAUUCCUCCCCUUAUGUGCCUGAGGAUCUGAGCAUGGGCCACCAUGGAAAGUUGGUGGUGAAAGAGGAGCCGUUGGAGGAGUCUGUGAAUGAGAGAAACAGCACCGAGGCAGCCAAAGCCAGAGCUGAGGAGGUUGGCGUGUGGCCGUGUGAAAAAUGUGGCAGCCUUUUCAGCUCUCGCAGAGACCUGGAGCGGCACCAGGAACUGCUGUGCCACAUCAAACCCUUCAUCUGCCACAUCUGCAACAAAGCUUUCCGUACCAACUUCCGCCUCUGGAGCCACUUCCAGUCCCACAUGUCAACUGGCAGCGAACCUGGAUCCGGCGAAAUGGAACGCCGUGCCCCUUCUCAGUCUCCCUCCCCACCCCUGACCCCUCAGGCCACCGAGCGCCCCUCCUCACAAGCCUCUGUGCUCAAAUCCGCAACGGCGCUUGCAGCCGCCGCUGAGGGAUCCAGCAGCCCUGAAGCCUGCAGUUCAGCACCAACCACAGCGAAAAGGAGCGAACUUGAAGGCAGCAGUCCCACCCCCUUGUCUAGAUCAAACAGCAUAGAGAAUCCAAGCGGCAACCACGAGUCCGACACACUCUUUUACCACGCCCCGUCACUGUCAGCCUUGACCUUUAAGAGGCAGUACAUGUGUAAGCUCUGCCACAGGACCUUCAAGACGGCCUUCAGCCUGUGGAGCCACGAGCAGAGCCACAGCCACGUGUAGACACGGCUUCACACCUUGGCCUUCAGAGGGUUCCCUUUGAAUGUACAGAUCCGACGCUUUGCCUACAAUGACAUAUUUCAAAGUUGCCAUGUUUGGUGGAGGUGUUACCAUGAAUGUGCAAUCAACUGUCCCACCCCUCUGGGUGUUUCUUCCCCCACGAUCUAUAGGACUGAACCUGUUCUCCACCACCACUUAUCUAUGGGACUUCAGGUGUACAGAGUGUGAUUUACAAGUGCACACACCGCUCAACGCUUAGAAUAGUGCUUUAAGGAUGAAACUCUGCAGUACAGGAAAGAAUGUCACUUUUACAUUUACUAGAGAUCUAUCUAUAUCAAAUGACUCAAAUGCACUUUGUUUAGAGGUUUGAUUCCUAUGUGUUGACAUGUGACCACCUGUUGUUUGGAUCAGUUUACGUGCUGUAAGUUCUGUUCAUUUUGAGUUUAAAGGAGAGAUGUGCCCAUCAUUAAAUAUUUUAAAUGAAAUCGAAUGAUCAUUUCAGUUAAGGACUGCUUUUAUUAUACUGAUUUAUUGUAACCCUUUUGCCAUAAUCCAGUACUCUGCAGAAGUCACCCCUCAUUUUUUAUUAUUUAGUUUCUGCUUUAAUUGAAGUGGAGCAACUUAUUUUAGGAUUUCUGAAAGACAUUUAGAGUUUUGUUUGACCUCGACUGUUUUUUUCCCCUCCAGUCCUCAUGUCUACCUACCUCCAAAAGAUUCACGUUUUUCUUAAAUCUUCCUUUUUCUGUCAAAGCUAGUUUGUUUUGUUUGAUUUUGAUGCUUGAAUUGGUUUCAGUGAGAAGAGGCUAUACAACCAAGCAAAAAUAUUUUGAUAAAACAAACGAUAUUCAAAGAGAUUUUCUUGUUUAAGAGUAUAGAAAAUGAGGGGUGACUGGAACACUCGCAAAGUGCUGCACAUGAACUACAAAAUGAAAUGAUCCAUCUUUUAGCCUGAUGUUAAUGGAGAUGUCAUUUGGUGGACAUGCCUGUUAGGGUCGUUCUCCAAUGGCACAUUUUACAUUUCCAAUAUUCCUGUUCCUCAUCUAUUUUGAAAGGAACCAGCGACCUCUGCGAGGCCGUUGUUGAACAAGCCCUCCAAAGGCUGAACUUGUCAUAUUUCAGCUCAUUUAAAGUUAUAGUUAAGCAUAUUUAACACCGAAGGCCUUAUGCAAGUUUAGAAAUAAUCUUUUCCAGAAAUGACUUGUAAGCACAACAGUUUUUGACUCAGGCAUUUAGAAGGUUCAGAACAGGAGCAAGCAUAAAAAAGCAAUCUGUUUUUGUGAGUGUGAAAAGUGAUGAAUAUUUUGUUUUAUGGAAAGUGAUGAUAAAAGUUGUUUUGGCGAUAUUGCAGUUACAGGUAUGUACAUCUACCUAAUGGAUUACAUCUUUUGUUGUCAAAUAUUUUGCUACUGUAUGGUAACAAACUGGAGCGCUGCACUCAGACUAAAGUACUCCAAGAUUAGAGCAAAGCAAGUUCCAUAGUGAUGUUGAGUUCUUUGCAGUAAUAGUGCUCUUCUGCUGUUGUGAGAACAGUUUUCUGAACGUUUUCUCUGACGUGUUUAGACUCGUGUACACGGAAGUGUUUGUAUUCUUGAUUUUGUACCAGGUUUGUUAGUAAAGAAGAGUUUUAUCUUUUUAUAAUUGCUGUGCUCUCACUGAAAUGAUGUUAUUUGUAUCAGCAGUGGAUGCAUUAUUGUUGCUUUUGGAGAAUUGCAGCUCUUUUGUGUUUGAGUUUUCUACAUUUUUUUGUGCUUUACUUCUUUAAUAAAUAAUGACAAAAGAUUGCUUAAA